AUGGCCAGGAAAUUGGAUAGGAUCAUGAUUAAUGCUCAGUGGUUGUUGGAAUUUCCAGAUUCUUUGCAGAAUAUAAGGCUCCUGGUUGUGAGGGAUUCUUGGUUGGGAAAUAGUGGGGGUAAUGCUUUGCAAGUGUUGUUUAGCAAGUUAAAGAGACUGAAACUAGUAUUAAAGGAGUUGAACAAGCAGCAUUAUUCUGACAUUUCUGCUAGGAUUGAAGGGUUGGGGGACCUUCUGAAUUAUUCCUUGCCUGCUGGAGAUGUCAGAGUCCUUGUGGGGGAGAUUACAGACAUGGAAAUUAAAGAAGCCUUGUUCAGACAAGGAAAAGAUAAAAGCCCUGGCCUGAUGGAUAUACCUCCUGGUUUUUCAAGACUGCUUGGGGAAUUGUUGAGGUGCAAGGGGGUUAGGCAAGAUGACCCACUGUCUCCUUACCUUUUUGUUAUGGUUAUGAAUGUGCUUUCCUGUUUGCUAGAUGUUGCAGCUAGAAAUGGAAUUUUCAAAUACCAUCCUAGGUGCAAAAGAAUUUCUCUCACCCAUCUAUGCUUUGCUGAUGAUUUACUGCUGUUUUGUUAUGGAUCUAUGGAUUUUGUGUUGAGUGUUGUAAGUGUCCUAGAUAAAUUUUAUGAGAUGUCUGGACUAAGGUUAAAUGCUUCUAAGACUAAGAUUUAUACUUGCAGAUUGAAUGGUGGUGAUUUAGAGCAGAUUCAGUGUGCAACUGGCUUCCGUAUUAGUCAACUCCCUGUUAGAUAUCUGGGGGUGCCCCUUGUAACUCGUAAGCUCACGGGGAAAGAUUGUAUUGCACUUGUGGUGAGAAUUAAGGAGAAGUUGAGGCAAUGGUCAAGUAGGAAAUUAAGUUUUGGUGGAAGGCUGCAGCUAAUUAAAAUAGUCUUGUUCAGUAUCUUUAGCUACUGGAGCAAGCAACUUGUCCUACCAAAAGGAGUGAUUCGGGACAUUGAAAAGUUGUGCAUGCGUUUCUUUUGGAAAGGUAAUGAUGUCUCAGUUAGGCGGGCUAGGGUUGGUUGGAAUCAAAUCUGUUCACCUAGAUCUGAAGGAGGCUUAGGGCUAUUGAGUCUGGCUGAUUGGAACAAGACAUGCUGUUUGUUGCUAGUUAAGAACAUUCUUGUUGAUGCAGGCUCUUUGUGGAUUGCCUGGAUUAAGGCCUAUUGUUUAAAGCAUGAGGACUAUUGGAGUGUGGGGAAUAAAUCCCAUUUCAGCUGGAUACUUAGGAAAUUGAUUAAAUUGCGUGAAGAGGUCAUGGUUAUGUUCCCAGAUCCUGUAAGCUGGACACAGGUCAGGGGUCGAUGGGAGUGGGAUAGAAUCCGGAAGAAAGAAUUGAGUGGAAUGGCAUCGUCUUAUUUGGUUUCCUGCUCAUGUCCCAAAAUUUCUCUGAUCACAUGGAUGGCAAUCCUUGAUAGGCUGCCAACCAAUGACAGACUUGCUCGGUUUGGAGUGGUGACUGACCUUGCUUGUGGGUUGUGUGGGACUGGUUUGGAGUCCAGGAACCAUUUAUUCUUGGAAUGCUCUUACUCGAGAGCAGUCUGGGAUUCUAUUUUGCACGUGUGUAGGCUGCAGCAUCAAGGAUUAAGCUGGGAUGAUCUUAUUUGCUGGAUGACUAGCAAUUGGAAGGGUAAGUCCAUGCUAGUUCACGUUCUGAAACUAGCAUGGAUUGGAUUUGUCUAUUUCAUUUGGGAAGAACGCAACUAUCGUGUUUUUAGGGGAUUGUCGCGUUCGACAGAUGCUAUUACUGGUUCUUUGAAUUUUGAUAAAGUAUCGUCAUUGUUAUAUGAUUAUUACCCUCCUAAUAUUGUCUUUGCGAUGACUUGCAGACUGGUUCUUUGA